AUGGGUGCAGACGCACAAAAGAGGGUCAGCCUGACCUUCCUCUCAACCGGCUCAGUCCGCAUCAAACUACCCAUGAAAAGCCAACCGGUAACAUCCUACCUCGACCAAUUCGUCACCCUGCGCCGCUUCCGCUGCAUCGCAAACCGCCAAUGGACGGAACCCCUCCCCAUCGGUGUUUUCCUCAUCGCCCACCCAGAUGGGCCAAUCCUCUUCGACACGGGCGAGUCCCCCUGCUUCAACGACCCGGGCUACCUCCCCUACUUAUCCCCGACAAAGAUGUUCAGCAGCGUGGACAUCAAGCCCGAAGACGGCAUCGUGCAGCAGUUGCAGCGUCUCGGCGUGGAACCGAGGGAUCUGCAGGCCAUCGUGCUCAGUCACCUCCACGGCGACCACGCAGGCGGAUUGAACGCUCUGAAGACUGCCGCGCCGGAUAUCCCUGUGUUUGUGAGCAAGGAGCACUGGGCCGCGUUCGGGAAUAGCCCUGUGACCGCGACGCUUGCGGGGUGCGUGCCACAGCACUGGCCGGAAGGAUUCCAGCCUACCCUUGUGGAUUUCUCGGCCGGGGCCGUGGGGCCGUGGGAAACGUCUGGCCGGAUCACGGCUGAUGGGAAGAUUGUGGCGGUGCAUACACCCGGUCACGUUCCCGGCCACAUUUCGCUUGUCGUGUAUGGUGAUAACGAGGACGGAACAACGUCGACGUACUGCUUGCUCGGGGACGCGAGCUAUGGUAUUGAUUUGCUGGAUAAGGAAGAGCCGGAUGGUAUUAAUGACGACCCUAUGUCGGCGUUGGACAGCUUGCGGAAGAUCAAGGCGUUUGCGAAACAGAGUGAUGUGGUUGUUCUUCCUAGCCAUGACCCGGAUACACCUCGAUUGCUGAAAGAACGGGUGUUGUACAAGCCACAGUUCUGA